UUGGCCAUUAGCCGCCAGCCUUCUUUUAAACGUUGCUCAUUUUUGCAGACUGCGAUUUUACAGGUUGUCAGGAAGUCACAGGUUGCUGAUGGAAGGGUCGAUAAUGUAUUGACUAGAGGUACUGGAAUUAUAAUAGCUAGUAUUUACACGAAAACCAGCUUGCUUUGAAUUGCAAACCCUAAACAACAUUUGUGCUAUUUAUGCAUAAAUUCGCUAGGACGUUAGACGGUGCAUGAGAUGGAUUCUUCUGCUUAAUCGUUUGCAUCUGACUGAUCAGUUCACGCCGGGCGAGCAUAGUACCUCCCUCCUCCUCUGUCUCCUCGUCUCUCUCGCUCUCUCUCUCUCUGCCUCCCCGCUUCGCUUCUUCUGCGCUGAGCGGAGCGUGUGGCCGUGUUCUGUCAGUGAGGAGCAGUCCACUGCUGGACCAUUAUUCUUUCUCACGACGGCAGGCGAUGAAUCCAUUUGGCACCGGUACAAUGCGGAGAUAAAUCUGACUUUCAGACCGUGGCAAAGAACAUCCAUGACUGUGGAGGAGUGAGAAUAUUACCUUUGCAACAUCGACCACAACAACCUUUGACGCAUGGAUUCAAAUCGUGGAUUACUGACGUUACGGAGGAAUGGUCGUGAAACCAUGAACUGCAGCUGGGGAACAGAGCUGUGGGACCAGUUUGAUAACCUGGAGAAGCACACCCAGUGGGGCAUUGAGUUUGUGGAGAGGUACACCAAGUUUGUGAAGGAGCGCUCGGAGAUCGAGCUCAACUAUGCCAAACAGAUCAGAAAUCUGUCGAAGAAAUAUCAACCCAAGAAAAACUCCAGAGAGGAGGAGGAGUACAAGUACUCUUCAUGCCGGGCCUUUCUGAUGACCCUGAACGAACUGAACGACUAUGCGGGGCAGCACGAGGUCAUCGCGGAGAACCUGAACACACAGAUCCUCUCGGAGCUGCUGCGCCACGUUCAGGAGCUCAAAGCUGAGAGGAAGUCGGUGAGUCUGCGCUCGGACUGGCCGGCGGCUUUCCAUGAAAAGCUCAUGGGACUGGCCGGCGGGGUCAGAAAGGAAAGGCCAUCCAGCGAUCGGGGCAUCAGAUAA